AUGUUAAAAAUUUAUUAAUUCAUUGUAAAGUUCUUUUUGCAUCCAGAGGAAGCCUAGACCGAUUUGGAGCCAAAAAAAAUUAUGAAUCUAUGGACGUUACAAUUUAGAAAUUCAGAUAUAGAAGUAAAAUAUUCAAAUAAGGAGAAAAAAAGAAUAAUUGUUCUAUUUAGACUAUCAUAUUUGAUCCAUUUCUUUAUCAAUUUUAUCUACUUUAUUAAUAAUCAGUUUGUCUUGAAAAAUUAAACAGUGGCAUAUUUAAGAAUUGGAUUUAGUUUUUGGCAUAUAGUAUGCUUAAUUUCGUAAGCAAACAUACAGAAAAUACAUUAUAAAUACUUUAUUUCAAUAUCGGAGAUAAUUAGUGCUUUUUCGACGAUAUUAAUAACAAAUGUUUAUAUAUAAGCACAAUUAUUAAAUAAAUAAUGUAAUUAGCAAACCACCGCUUAGGCUUUAAGUACCGGAAUAUAAACUGGAAUAAUUAUAAUUAGCUAUUUAAUAGUUUGCCCAUUAUGGUUUUGUCAAGGAUUAAUAUUAGUUGCAGCAACAAUCUUAUUGGUAGGUUUAGUGGGAAUUAUUGGCUCAAUUUAUUGGACUUUUUAUGUGUUAUUGAUUAUGUUGUUUAUAUUCUUUCGUUCUUUGGAAUAUUAUAAGAGGUUGGAUUUUUAUAAGAUAUGUUAACAGACUUCAAACUUGAAUGCCUGCAAGAACAUUUUUGAUAAAACAGUUUUGAAUUCAAUUCUAAUCUUAUCUGGAUAAAGUGAUGAUUUGCAAGAUUGUACUCUGACUGGUAAAGAAAUGAAAUUGAUUUACACGAAUGAUUUUGCAAUAAAAUACCUUUAAGUUUCUGAUGAGAAUGAAAUUAUUCGAAAAUUAAAGUGUAUAUUUAUCCAAACUGAAUAAGAAACAGAACAAGAGACAUAUAAUACCUGUAUUAGCAUCUAUGACAUCCUCUAAUAAAAACUAAAUUAAGUGGAGGGGUAAUUCCAAUAAACCUCAAGUGAUAGAUCAUCAGUAAUAAACAAUGAAUAUGAUAUAUCUGAUGUUAGCGAUUACUAUUUGUGUUUCAAGCUUGAUUCCUAAUCCAAAGUAUCUCUAUCUACAAAGUCACAAGUAAAAAUAAAAUCUCAUUUUGAAAUUCGUGUAUUGAAUUGCAUUUGGGAAAAUAGAAAUUCAAUUUUGGUUAUAAUGAAUGAUAUCUCAGAAAAGAUUAGAUUGAAGCAUCUAAAAGAAAUGGAUCAAUACAAGGAUAGAUUAUUGGCAACAGUCUCCCAUGAUUUAAAGACUCCUUUGAAUGGAAUGAUGAUUGACAUCGAAAUAAUGUAGCACAUAUUAUAAUAAAAAACCUCGAUUACGUUGAGUAACAUCGAAUAAUUAUGUGCACACUUGGAUGAAUUUAAUUAGUCCGGCUAAUUGUUAUUGUCAAUGAUAAAUGAUCUACUCGAUUAUAGUUAAAUCAACAAAGGUUAGUUAAGAUUGAUACCUAAAACCUUUAAUUUGAAUAACACCUUUAAAUUUAUAAACUAAUUGUUGAAUAAGCAAUCUCUUGAAAAAGGAGUCAAACUAAUUUGGCAAAAUAACAUCAAUGAGAAAAACAGUACCCUUCUAACAGAUGAAACCAGAUUAAAACAAGUGCUCAUCAAUUUGGUCGCCAACGCCAUUAAGUUUACUAUGCAAGGUGAAAUCUCAAUUUUAGCUACUCAUCAACUUGAAGCAGAUUUAAUAGAAAUAUCCGUUUCGGAUACUGGGUAUGGAAUUCCAGAAGAAAUCUAGAAGAAUCUAUUUAGAUUGUACAGUACCUAUGAUAUCGGUAAAAAUAACAGACAUGGAGUUGGUUUGGGUUUAACAAUUAGUUAAUAAUUGGUUUCUCUUUUGGGGCCAUCAGAUAAAAUUGAACUUAAAUCGCAGGUAGGCAAGGGAUCCACCUUUAAAUUCAAGAUCUAUAGGAUUUUAUAGCAACAACUUGAGAGUUCCAUACAAGAGUAGGAUUUGCAUCAAAAGUAGAUUGUUCCUCGAUUUCCAUCAUUUAAUAAUAUUAAUUCUAAAAUAUAGAAACGAAUUUAAUUAAAGAAGGCUCAAACAUAUUACAAAUUAGAAACUACUCCAGAUGAUUCCUUUAAGAUUCUUAUUGUUGAUGACACUCCUUUUAAUAUAAUUGCUUUGAGUGCCAUGCUUAAUUAAGUGGUGAUUAAUUGCAAAUUGUUCAAAGCCUUCAAUGGAAAAUAAGCAUUCGAUUUAUACUCUAAGGAGUAAAUGAAUAUAAUCUUCAUGGAUGUUAAUAUGCCAGAAAUGGAUGGGUAUUAAUGUACAUAAGAGAUAAGGAAAUUUGAACAAAUCUAAAAACUAUCUCGAUCGAUUAUUGUAAUAGUUACAGCCUUUUCAGGAUCUGAUGAUAAACUGAGAUCCUAACAAUGCGGAGCAGACUAUCAUUUGGAAAAGCCAUUAAACAUGGAGGAUCUAAUAAAAGUUAUGAAGAAAUUUGGAGUUUUGUGA